AUGUUGGAGCUACAUCGGACUCGGGCUGGUAUUUUCUGACGCCGUAUGUUUUUCUUAAAAUAUCUGUUCUCACACAUUGUUGGGGCUCGUCAAUCGUGCGCGAUCGGCGCCGUAAUCGGCAGUGGAAAUGAUGAACUCCAGUGUCGACCUGUCCCGGCGGAAUCCGCAGGAGGAUUUCGAGCUGAUCCAGCGGAUAGGAAGCGGCACAUACGGAGAUGUGUACAAGGCUCGUAACGUAAACACAGGAGAGCUGGCGGCUAUCAAAGUCAUCAAACUGGAACCCGGUGAGGACUUUGCUGUCGUACAGCAGGAGAUUAUAAUGAUGAAGGACUGUAAACACUCCAACAUCGUAGCCUAUUUUGGCAGUUAUCUCCGGAGAGAUAAGUUAUGGAUCAGUAUGGAGUACUGUGGAGGAGGUUCUCUGCAGGAUAUUUAUCACGUAACCGGGCCUCUAUCAGAGUCACAGAUAGCCUACAUGUCACGGGAGACCCUGCAGGGUUUAUACUAUCUACACAAUAAAGGCAAAAUGCACAGAGACAUUAAGGGAGCCAACAUCCUCCUGACAGACAACGGCUAUGUUAAACUAGCUGACUUUGGUGUAUCGGCCCAGAUCACAGCAACUCUAGCCAAGAGAAAGUCAUUUAUUGGAACGCCAUACUGGAUGGCUCCAGAGGUAGCAGCAGUAGAGAGGAAAGGAGGUUACAACCAGCUGUGUGAUAUCUGGGCUGUGGGCAUUACUGCAAUAGAGCUGGCAGAAUUACAGCCACCCAUGUUUGAUCUGCACCCCAUGAGGGCUCUCUUCUUAAUGACCAAGAGUAAUUUCCAGCCUCCAAAGUUGAAAGAUAAAGUCAAGUGGACAAAUAACUUCCACCAUUUUGUCAAACUAGCCCUGACCAAGAACCCAAAGAAGAGGCCCACAGCUGAGAAGUUGUUGCAGCACCCUUUUGUGUCCCAGCCUCUCAGCAGGACGCUGGCAAUAGAGCUGCUGGACAAAGCCAACAACCCCGACCACAGCACCUACAAUGACUUCGAUGAUGAUGACCCUGAACCAGAGUCUCCGGUCUCUGUUCCUCAUCGUAUUCGUUCCACCAGCAGGAGCACAAGGGAGGGAAAGACGCUGUCAGAGAUUAACUUUGGUCAGGUGAAGUUUGAUCCUCCAUUGAGAAAAGAGACUGAACCUCAUCAUGAACCAUGUGAUUCUGAGCCCUAUCUGGACUGUGUUGAGGAGCACUACUAUACCGCGAGAUCUAAUCUGGACUUGCAGUUGGAGUACGGGCAUGAUUCAAGUCUACUGGGAGGAAAUAAGAGUCUUCUCAAAUCUGUGGAGGAGGAGCUAAAGCAGAGGGGCCAUAUGGCACACUUAGGGGAUGAUGAGGAUGAUGAUGAUGAUGGUGCAGAUGAUGAUGAAACUCACACUCAUAAAUCAAGCACUAUCAUGAGGCCAAAGGUCCCGCCACCGCUUCCUCCCAAGCCCAAGUCGAUCUGCUCGUCCCAACAGCAGCAGCAGCAGCAGCAGCAACUAAAACACGACGAUAGCCAAUCACACAGCGAGGACGACGGCGGAGGAGGAGGAGGGACCAUCAAACGCUGUCCAGUCCCAGAGACGCCGAGCCCCGCCAAGCCCGCCUCCAACGUUCCCCCGCGGCCCCCACCUCCGAAGCUGCCGCCCCACCGCCGCAGUAGUCUAGGUAACGAGAGCCCAAAGCGCACGGACGUCGAAAACUCUGCCCCAGAGGAUGAUGGGAGCUUUAGGCAUUUCUGGGAGUGGCUCCACACGCCUCACACAGACGAGGAGCUGGAGGAGGCGUGGGAGGUGCUGAAGGAGGUGAAAGAGGAGCAGGAAAAAGAGGAGGAGAAGGAAGAGAGUAAUGGGCUGAACUCUCCACACAGUGGCGAGAGGGAAGGUCCAUCAGACAGACAGUCCACGAUGCCCCCUAGUGUCCCUAUACGGAAAGACAGGAAGGACGUUCCGCCAAUCAGUAAUGGCCUUCCCCCUACACCCAAAGUCCAUAUGGGGGCAUGUUUCUCCAAGGUGUUCAACGGCUGUCCUUUGAAGAUCCACUGUGCCACUUCCUGGAUCAAUCCGGACACCAGAGACCAGUAUUUGAUAUUCGGAGCUGAAGAGGGAAUCUACACAUUAAACCUUAAUGAGCUGCAUGAGACCUCAAUGGAACAGCUCUUUCCUCGGCGGUGUACCUGGCUAUAUGUCAUGAACAAUUGUCUUCUUUCCAUAUCUGGAAAAGCCUCUCAGCUGUACUCCCAUAGUGUGAGCGGUCUGUUCGAACAGGCCCGACAGUUACAGAAGUUACCAGUAGCCAUUCCCACACACAAGCUGCCUGAUAAGAUGAUUCCCAGGAAGUUUGCGGUGUCCAAUAAAAUUCCAGACACUAAAGGGUGCCAAAAGUGCUGCGUAGUUCGUAACCCGUACACAGGCCAUAAGUACCUGUGUGGAGCCUUUCAGUCCAGUGUCAUGCUGUUGGAGUGGGUGGAGCCCAUGCAGAAGUUCAUGCUCAUCAAGAACAUCGACUUCCCGUUGCCGUGUCCGUUGGAGGUCUUUGAGAUGUUGGUGGUCCCGGAGCAGACCUACCCUCUGAUCUGUGUGGCGGUCAGUAAAGGUACUGAACUCAACCAGGUGGUCAGAUUCGGCACCGUCAACCCCAACUCUACCUCCUCCUGGUUCACAGAAGCAGACACACCACAGACUUGUGUGAUCCACGUCACUCAACUAGAGAGAGACACUAUACUUGUUUGCCUCGACAGGUGUAUAAAGAUAGUGAACCUCCAGGGGAGGUUGAAAUCCAGCAGGAAGUUGUCAGCGGAGCUCACUUUCAACUUCCAAAUUGAAUCCACAGUUUGUCUUCAAGACAGCGUACUGGCCUUCUGGAGGCAUGGUAUGCAGGGACGGAGUUUCAAGACCAAUGAGAUCACCCAGGAGAUCUCUGACAGCACACGCAUCUUCAGACUACUGGGAUCAGACAGACGUGACCACUGUAGAGAUCCAGAGGCCGAGGACAGAGGCCUCACUCUACCCAGGGUGGUGGUGCUGGAGAGCAGGCCCACAGACAACCCUACAGCCCACAGCAACCUCUACAUCCUGGCAGGCCAUGAAAACAGCUACUGAGACACACACACAAACACACGCGCACAUAAACACACUCUCUAAACAGCCUACCACUAAUGCAAACAUCAGAGCGAGCAACCGGGAGACACACUCAGCCAAACCCUAUCGCUAACCCACCCAACCUCCUGUCGGCCGUGAAACUGGGAGAUAAGCCGUUUGUGGGUGCAGAUGUGGAUUCCCAGUUGCAGACAUUCAAAAUGCACCGCAGUGUUACAUGUGUAUUAGCUAAGCGUGAUGUAGUAGGGCAGCAGGGUGUGGACCCAUUUCUGACGGGGCCAGGGUUAAAACCGCUGGUCUGGGGCCAGUAUGGGUUAAGUUAGCUGGGGAAUCUCCUCUCUGCACCUUACGAGAGCGACUUCAAUGCAGAAUCCUUCCUGAUACCAUCCCACCUUCCCACUGCAUACUGGGAAAACCGCAUCCAGCGCAGAAGUCUGACUUCAACACUACUUCUACUACUAGUUCUACACAUACAACUACUACUACUACUACUACUACUACUGCUACUUGCGCUAAAGCUUCACGGAAGAGCCAUCUUGCACAGAAAACCUUUCUCUCCUUCACCAUCCUUUCCUCUGUCUCCCUCUUCCUCUUUUUUUUUUUUUUUUUUUUUUUUUUUUAAACUACACCUUUAUUUAUUGUGGCAUGAUGUAACUUUAACAACCAGGAUGGCUUUCCUGUUUUAUUAGUUGUUUUUUUUAAAAAAGGAUUGAAAAAAAAGACUAAAUAGCUUCGCCACCUCUGCUAGCAUCGAAUUCCGAUACCCGUCACCACACCACACAAGUGCUUAAUUGACCUAUUUAAUUGUUGUAAAUAUAAAUGUAGUAUUUUUUUGACAGACGAACACUAAAAAAGACUGGUUAUGUAGAUAGGCGUGUGUAUAGUUGCCCUGUACAGCUGUGGAGACAAACGGAGAGAAAGACAGGCGUGGAGGAGUGACGGGGGCGGUAAAUUCACUUCCUAGUUCCCUGAUCAUGUGAGGAGAGUCGGGAAGCAAAGACCCCUGCCGUCUCCUCAGGUGGACAGCUUUAGUAAUCACAUAUUACUCGAAUAACAGUCUGGAGCUCAGGAUCGGACUGAGCAAACACGGGAAGCAGCACUGAUUGGUCAUUUUCCUUUUGCAUGCGUCACCAUCAAAUCUUCCUGCUCGUUUGCACCAUAGCAACAGUCAUCAGGGCAGCGGAGGUUAAAAGUUCUGUUCAUUUAAGUUUGUUUCUCAUGUUUUUUUUUUAUUUUUUUUAAUGCUAUUUUUAUCAGAAAGCUUUGUUUGUUUUUUUUUAAUGCCAUUUUUUAUUGAACCACUGGUGUUAAAAAUUUGCACAGAGAAAAAGGUAUUUGACAAACAAAUGUGAUGUCAUUAUAAUAUAUGAUGUGUGUAUGCACAGUGUGUGCGUGUGUGUGUGUGUGUGUGUGUGUGUGUGUGUGUGUGCGCGCACGUAGACAUAGAAUAUUCACAUACAAGUGCAUAAUUUACAGAUCUGGACUUUAACAAGUGACAGCUGUGUUUCUGCCAGAGGCCACACAGAUAUUAGAAAAACAAGAGAAAAAAAAGGAUUUUCACAGAAGGAAAAAUGGUUUAUAUUUAUCCAGUAAACCUGGUAUAUAUUAGCCGUUAGCCAUCUUUUCUGGCAUUAAAUUUAACUAAUGUGGAAUUCCACAUGGAUGGAGUAUAACCAUUGGCAGUUAAACCCUCCCAUAUGGUACUCCAAAGAGGAUAAAACACUAAGAAUCAUUUUAAAAUACUGCUUGAUCUAUAAAGCUAGGACACGAUCACAUUUUGGCCAGGUAAAAUGUAUUUACAGUCAAAUGAAGAGCCCAACUCCUGUUCAUAGCUGAGUUCUAUUCUACUAGCCUCCAAAACGAAAUGGAUUUGUGGGUAAAUGGGUGUGUACUACUAUGCUGGACACAUAAAAAAACAAUUAUGUUGUUAGCAUUUAACAUCUCUCAAGUCUUACACAGAAAAACGCGGUUACAGUGCCAUUCAAUGUUAACAUAAUUAUGUGUAUAUAAAGAACAAUUAAUGAAACACAUUGAAUGAUUAUUUCUAGUAGAACAGAAGUUAGCUGGCCCAAAAGUGGGGUGGGAAAUAACAUUUCCAAAUAUUUUAUUAAUUUUAGUCAUAUUUGGAGAACUUCAGCCUUCAAUGAUGUGACUUUUCACUACAUGCAUGUAAAUGUGCACUGUCGAGUCUACAUGUGGCAGUACACUACCAGUCUUUACAAGCUAUGACACUCGAUGGCUGCUUCAGAGAACACUUGUUCAGCUGAACUUAACUCAGAUACCAUCGCUAAAUGUCACAUUUUACAGAGCUGAAACAUUUGGGAUCAUUUUUCAAGCGCUUCCAAAUUUCUCGUUUAACAAAAAUGCUGUUUCUGUUGCCGUCUGUUGGCAAAUUUUCACCGCUCGACACCAAUCCCUAACCUAAAGUGACCCAAUAAUGCACUACAAUGGAGCGUUACAAAUACAGAAGAUUUAAAUAUUUGAUAUAUCAUCAAUGUGUAAAAACAAAGCUGAAGUCCAAUUGACACAAUAGGAAAGGCUAGAUAUGAAGUAAAUGGAAUAGACGUGUCGCUGAGUGUUACCAAGGUGGUUGUAAAGGGGGCAUGUAGCUGUGUUGGCAAUUUAAGAAAGUGAAUGUGAACAGCUUUCUGUUCCUCCUUGACCUCUUAUUACCCCCUUUGUAUAGUGAAAUUUGAUUUCCUUCCACCGCGCAGAAAGUGAAUAUGUCAUAAUCUAAACCUUCGUUACUUCACCCAACAUGUGUCCCUCCUAAAUUUCAGUGACACCAAUGUCCAUUCACACUAUUUCACUGUUUUUUCAUGGGGUUUAUUUGUUGAUAAAUUGAUCCUCUCUCUGGAUUCCAGCUCCUGAUGCUUUACUGCCCUGUUGUGGGGAAGUAGCUAUAACAGGUAUAGUGUAGUUGGAGCGCUUGAAUCCACUGUGAGGAUAUAAAUUAUUUGUCUUCUUUUUAUCGCCUGUGCGCGUUUUUCUUUCUUCUAUAAAAUACCCACAUAGUGCUGCACUGGGAAAAACCAUAUUUCAGAAAUAUCAAACAUACAAGCCAUUGAGACAAAAUGUAUCACACAUUCCUUUAAAUUAGGGCUCAGUUGAUGUCAAAGAACAUAUAUUUUACAUUUUUAAUGUAAUGCCAAAAUAUGUUGUUAAAAGGUUUAAUGGCCAAAUUUAGAUAGAUAGUCUACCUCGUGGUAUGUCCUAGAUGAAAAACACACCAACAUGUCUGAUUCAAAAGACAGCCAUCAACAGCUUAUAAGGUUAGUGUUACAUGUUCUCUGAGCCUCGUUAAAAUGUCUAUGUCCUCUCAGUUGAUGUUAAUAAAACCCUAAAGACAAAGUGAAUGAGACAUUUCUCUAAAGGUUACUCAAUGUUUUUUUUUAAGGCUUUCUUUGUUUCCUAAAACACCCAAUUUCUUUGAAUUUAUUUUGAAUUAUCAAGUUUUGUUAAUUCUCAGAUCUCAAACCCAAGAAUAAACUCUUCCUGUAUCAUAGCUGCUCAUCAUCUAAAAUUGUGGAAAGUAUGUAUUGAUUUAGUUGAAACAAAAAACACAAGCAGUCCUAAAAUCUCAUACCAUAUACUCCCAUUGGGUUCAUAUCUUUUAAUUUUGGGGGAGAAAAGUGUCCCUUUUGCCAAAUAAUGAAGUUAGUUUCUGUGGGAUUGAAUGAUGUGUCAAUGACUCCUAAUUUAUGCUGUCAUAUAGACACAUUUAAGUGAUAAUCCCUUAAAGCGGGUGCCAACAUUGGCCUUCUGUUGUAGGUUUUGCGUAAAUGAUAAAGUCUAUUUUAUAGCCUCAACUACUCCUGGGUCAAAUCACGUGUGGAAACAAUUCACAGGGAUUGUUUUAAGAUGAUGUGGGCUCCGGAUAUGUAGAUGUUUUUAAAUGGGACACCGAUGAGUUAUUUGUAAAAGCUGUGUGUAGCAGGUCUCCUCCCAAUAUAAAACAAAACACAAAAAGUCUACUCUGUUCUGUCGCUACUGCAUCAGCUUCUGUCUUUUGUUUUCAUAAUGCAAUGCACACAUUAUGAAAUGUAUAUACUGUAAAAUAAAAAUGGGUUUGUUUUACAUACUGUAUAAUUGCCUAUAUUUUGGUUCAGAAGUGUAACAGAUUUAUGAGAUGACAGGUUAACACAUUAAAAAGAAGGAACUCAA